AUGUAUACAGAAAGUUGUUCAAAUAGUUUUUGUAUAUGUGCAUUUUGUCAUGAAGAAAUUCCAAAAUCAAAUAUGAGUUAUCAUUUAUAUCAUUGUGGAAGUAAAACAAAUCAAUGUCCCAAUUGUCAAAAAUAUGUUCAACGAGCUGUAUAUAAUUAUCAUCUAGAAAAUAAUUGUAUUAAUAUAGACGAAGAUGAUUAUCAGAUUAAACCAAAUACACGAAUUGACGAACAAAUUCAAGAUGAUGAAUCAAUUCCAUGUGAAUUUUGCCAUAAACAGAUCAAAUUUACUCAUUAUGAUCAUCAUCUAAAAGUUUGUUCUGGAAGACAACGAAGUUUCGAUUUUGAAAGAUCAAUACGAGAUUACAGUACAGAUCGCCAAGAAGCAACAUCAACAUCGACCGCCUCUAACAGAUUUGAUACCGACAGAUCAUUACCAGAUGUUGUUAACACAUCGAUGCACAAUCUUAAUUUAAAUGAAAAGAAAACUUUGAAACCAGAAAAGGCUACUGCACUUUUUUAUACAAGAACUUCAAGUAUUCGAACUAGUUUAAGUAGAGAUUAUUUUCCAAAUGAAGUUGAUCAUGUUGUGGAUAAUCUUCAAUUUAAUAUAAUUCUUAUUGGUUCACCACGUGUUGGAAAAAGUCAAUUAAUUAAUGCAAUAUGUGGUGAAGAAAAUCUUGCUGAAACAAGUCCUGGUCUUAAUUCAUGUACAAAAGAAAUAAAAUGUUAUACAUUAAAAGAUAAUCAAAAUCGAACACCAGGAAUAAAACCAUUUCAAAUUAAUUUUUAUGAUACACCUGGAAUUGAAUCAUGGACUAAUCAAACUGGACAAGAAACAAUGAAAAAAUUUAUUGAAGAAAAAAAUCCUAUUUGUGUUAUUUAUUGUGCUUCACCCGGAUCGUUUGCUGAUUUAACACAACUUCAACCAAUAUUACAAUUAUGUAAAGAUAAACAAAUCUUUUGUGCACUUGUUUGUACAAAUAUGUGGGCAAAUGUAGGUCGUGAUAUUGUUAUUGAAGAGUUUAAAAAACAAUUAACAUUUUUUGGUCAAAAAGAGGAGAAAUUCUUUGAUCAAGGUAAUAAUCGUUCACCACAUCAAGUCACAUUAUUUGGUAAUGGAGCUUUAUGUACAAUGAUUAAUUCAAUUGAAUAUUAUGAUCCUGAUUUAUCGCCAAUAAAAAAACCAAUUCAAGGUGUUGAUGAAUUAAUUCAUUGUAUUAUGGAAGAACUUGAUCAAGAAAAAUUACUCGGUUGGUGUAAUGCAGUUCUUUAUCGACGAACAUUUUGGGAGAAAAUUUUUCAAAAAACUGGUGGAUUUUUUUCAAGACAUUUUGCAUACAUUCAAGAAUCAUUCAAUCCAAAUAAUCCUCAAAAUAUAUUUGAAAUUAUUAAACAACUAUUCAAUAAAAAUCAAUCACAAAAUCGAUAA